AUGCGGAUCUUCCCUAUUCUCGCCAAAUUCACCGCACCCAAAAUCACUAAUGCAGUAAACUCUUCCUUGAACAGGUCCAUUGAGAUGGAGCUGCACUCUUUCCUGAGGAAACUGGAGAGGGAGUCCGUGUCGCCAGGCCAUGGCUACGGACUCGAGACGUUGAUCGGCAACUGGGUAGAGGAGCGACACGACCUGGCUUAUGUAACCAGGCCGCAACCGUUGACAUCUGAAUACUCCAACAACUUUUGCACAAGCAACCAGAAGGACUGCGAUAGAAGCCUCAACCUCAAACCAAACCCAGCACCAAACUAUCCUGGUCGGAACUACUUCGCGUUCCCGGGACACCAGCCAGAACUUGACGGCGACCAGACAGCACAUUCCAGCAUGAUCACCUCCUACAUGGCGGCCAACGCCUACUGGGCCAAACUUAUGGCGUCACACAAAGACGAAUAA